AUGACAAUCGACGAUUGUCAUCUUAAUCCCUACGCAGCACGUCGGGUACUCUGGGCCGGUGACCGCGCCCACAUUCCUCUUCAGCCCCUCUGCUGUACUUACUCUCAAGCUGCCGACCUAAUCGCCGACAACAUAACCAAUGUACUACAAGGAGCCACCGGUCAUCCCCCUCAUGAUCCCUUCCAAAAAGUCAAACAAAAUUGGAAUAGAUCCGGCCUGUCCGACUUAAAAAACAUCAUCAAAAGUCCCUGGUUAAAAGGUAAGACAGAACAAGACCUCCUAGAUCUCUAUUUCUCUUAUUUCAACGUCAUGAUCUUUGGAGGAGCUCUAAAUACUCUUAGAUGUACCAUGAAACUCGAAGAGCCAAACCCAGAACAAAGGGCACAAUUUGUCUUAGGAACAACAGUCGAUAAGAGGACCGAAAAAGACACGACGAGACAUAAUAUUCGUUGUCAUAUUAGUGUAUUUGGAUUUGUACGACAGAGACUUAGAAUGGAUAUUAGAUUGGGUAGGGAAGAGGCGCUAGGAUUGGAAUUGAUAGUUGGGAAUAAGGAGAUUUGGUAUGUAGAUUUAGGGGAGAUGGGGAUGGAUCGGGAUACGGUGGAUAGGGAGAUGGAUUGGUUUGCGCAGGUAUUUCUUGAUGAUUUGGAGGAGAGGAAGAGGAUUGAGAGGGAGAAUGAUGAGAGAUUGGAGAAAUUAGAGAAGGAGAGGUUACUGAGGGAACGGAAGGAGAAGGAAAAGAAGGAUAAAGUGGAAAGGGAAAGACCGGCUAGAGAAGCAAAGGAGAAGAAAUUACAAAGGGAUGUUAAGAUUGCGAUUCUUAAGGAUUUGAGAAAGAAAAGUAUACGUGGUAAUUGGAAGGUUUUCAAACGUAGCGAGGAAAGGGGGGAGAGGGUUAGAGGGAGGAAGAGGAUGGUGGGGGGGAAGGCGAAGGUGGCGGAUUUGGAGGGGUUUGCGGGGGUGAAGUGGGAUGGGGUGGGGAAGAAGGAAAACAAGAGUAGAGAGUUUUCCUAUGAUUAA